AUGGGCGUCGUUUCGAGCUGCUGCGAGUCCUGUUUUCAUUCGCGCAAAUCUCAAUCAUAUGAACCAUUAUUGCUUGAGAAUGAGCGGGAGGCAGUGGCAGAUCUAUUGCAAUACCUAGAGAACCGAACGACAACCAACUUCUUCUCGGGAUCACCUCUCACCGCGUUGACCACACUCUCGUUUUCUGAUAAUGUCGACCUCCAGCGGAGCGCGGCUCUAGCGUUUGCUGAGAUCACCGAGAAGGAAGUGCGACCCGUGGGUCGGGACACGCUUGAUCCUAUCCUCUUCCUUCUCAGUAGCCACGAUACGGAAGUGCAGCGGGCUGCAAGCGCGGCGUUAGGUAACUUGGCCGUCAAUACCGAUAACAAGCUACUCAUCGUAAAGCUUGGCGGUCUGGAACCCCUGAUUCGACAGAUGUUGAGCCCCAAUGUUGAGGUGCAGUGCAAUGCUGUUGGCUGUGUUACGAACUUGGCGACACAUGACGACAACAAGACAAAGAUAGCGAAGUCAGGCGCUUUAGUUCCUCUCACUCGUUUGGCGCGUUCCAAAGACAUGCGAGUCCAGCGAAAUGCGACUGGUGCACUGCUCAACAUGACCCAUUCCGAUGAAAACCGGCAGCAGCUCGUGAAUGCGGGUGCAAUACCUGUACUUGUGAGCUUGUUGAAUUCACCAGAUACUGAUGUCCAGUACUACUGCACGACAGCUCUCAGCAAUAUCGCUGUGGAUGCUGUAAAUCGGAAGAAACUUGCGCAGAAUGAGCCGAAGCUCGUGGCAAGUCUGGUCCAACUUAUGGAUAGUUCGAGCUUGAAAGUGCAAUGUCAAGCUGCCCUUGCCCUCCGGAAUCUCGCAAGUGAUGAGAAAUACCAACUGGAGAUAGUGAAGGCAGACGGGCUGCAGCACCUACUACGCCUCCUACAGUCGACUUACCUUCCCCUCAUCCUCUCGUCUGCGGCAUGCGUGCGCAACGUAUCAAUCCACCCAUUAAACGAAUCACCAAUCAUUGAGUCAGGUUUCCUACAACCAUUGAUCAACUUGCUAUCGUUUAAGGAUAACGAGGAGGUUCAGUGCCACGCGAUCUCCACCUUACGCAAUCUUGCAGCGAGCUCGGAGAAGAACAAGCAGGCUAUUGUAAAGGCAGGGGCGAUCCAGAGUAUCAAAGAGCUGGUGUUGGAGGUGCCCAUGAACGUCCAGAGCGAAAUGACUGCCUGUGUUGCUGUGUUGGCAUUGAGUGACGAGCUCAAGGGGCAGCUUCUUGAGAUGGGGAUCUGCGAGGUGCUUAUUCCUCUGACAAAUUCGCAGAGCUCAGAAGUGCAGGGCAACAGUGCCGCUGCACUGGGCAAUCUGUCAUCGAAGGAUGGUCGAACGACUACUGAUGACUAUUCCGCAUUUAACGACGUAUGGGACAAACCGGAUGGAGGCAUGCAUCGUUAUCUAUAUCGAUUCUUGACCAGUCUGGAUGCAACGUUCCAGCACAUUGCCGUGUGGACAAUUGUUCAGCUGCUAGAAUCUGGUGAUCCACAACUGAUCAGCAACAUCCGCGUGUCAAGUAUCCUGAUCCCAAAUAUCCGUCAGCUGGCGGAGACGCGUACAUCAACGCCGUCGUCAUCGAUUGGUGGUACACCACACUCUCAUCACUCACAGACACACUCGUAUGCGGAUACAGAAACUGGUGAUGGCCAGGGGGAGAUCCAAAUGCUCGCCCGACGUAUUCUCGACAUUACAGAGAGUGAUAGCGAUGGUGCUAUGACGCCCAGCGCCGCGGCGUCGCAACUACAGGCGGCGUCGCUGCGAGAGCAUGAGGGGAGUGUCGGUAGGGAUCACGAGGAGCUGAGAAAAAGCGUUCGGGAGGCAUUCUCGGCCGGAUCGUUGGGACAUUGA